UCGCCCGGAAGCGGAAGUCCGGGCUCCAGGCGGCGAAGGGAGGCUUUCCUCCGUCGCUGUGGCUCAAGCCGCAGUGGCCGCCAUGCCGUCCGAGGGUCGCUGCUGGGAGACCCUGCGCGCGCUGCGCAGCUCCAGCAAGGGCCGCCUGCCCUACCACCGAGACUGGCUGCAGCACUACGAGGAUGUUUUGGAAGAAUGCAUGUCUCCUCCCAAGCUAUCCUCUUACUGUGGAUGGGUGGUGGAUCACAUCCUGCCCAACACCUUUUCCCCCACACUGGAGAAUGCCCCUUCCUCGGAGACUUCACUAUCCUCUGGAUCUGCUUCAGGCCUGGACCAACCUUCAGUUCUUCCUAAAUCUCCUGUCAGAACCUCUCCCCUCUCCCCAGAGUCCCCCUCACCCUCAACACCGAAUGGAACCAAGAGCAAGUAUGAGUCCCAGCACACAGAGCCCAUGGCACUUCAGUCCUCCCGAGCAAUCAAAGUGGAAGGCUGCAUCCGAAUGUAUGAGCUGGUGCGCAGGAUGAGAGGAGCAGAGGGCCUGAGGCAGUGGCAGGAGGAGCAAGAGAGAAAGAUUAGAGCUCUCUCGGAGAUGGCGUCUGAACAGCUUAAGAGGUUUGAUGAGCUGAAGGAACUGAAGCAACAUAAGGACUUCCAAGACUUGCAGGAAGUGAUGGAGAAGAGCACCAGAGAAGCCCUGGGCCACCAGGAAAAGCUAAAAGCUGAGCAUCGCCACAGAGCCAAGAUUCUCAACCUGAAGCUGCGGGAGGCAGAACAGCAGCGUGUGAAGCAGGCAGAGCAAGAGCAGCUUCGGAAAGAGGAGGGCCAGGUCCGCCUACGCAGCCUCUAUGCCUUACAAGAGGAGGUCUUGCAGCUCAACCAGCAGCUGGAUGCCUCAGACCAGCACAAAGACCUGCUGAAUGUUGACCUGGCUGCCUUCCAGACCCGGGGCAACCAGCUGUGCAGCCUCAUCUCUGGAAUCGUUCGAAACACAUUGGAGAGUGGCUAUCCCACAGCAGAGAACCAAGCUGAGGCUGAGCAAGCCUUGCAGGAAAUGCGCGACCUUCUCUCAGACUUGGAGCAGGAGAUCAGCAGAGCCUGUGAGCACAAGAAGCAGCAGCAGGAGGAGGAAGCCCGGGCCAAGCUGCAAGAAGCACAGAUGCAGCCAGGGCCAGGGGCCCCCACACAGCCUCCAGCCCCCCGCCAAGGCCCUGGAAGGACACAGAGCAAAGAUCUGCAGAUAAAGGUACAAGACAGUACGAUGCAGUGGUACCAGCAGCUUCAAGAUGCUUCCGCCAAAUGUGUUUUGGCUUUUGAGGGCCUGGUUAGCAGCAAGGACGGUCAGGCCAAGAAGAUAAAGAUGGACUUGCAGAAGGCUGCCACUAUCCCAGUGAGCCAGAUCUCCACCAUCGCAGGUUCAAAGUUGAAGGAGGUCUUUGACAAGAUCCACAGCCUGCUUUCUGGAAAGCCUGUCCAGUCCGGUGGGCGCUCUGUUUCUAUUGCCCUUAAUCCACAGGGACUGGACUUUGUUCAGUACAAACUGGCAGAGAAAUUUGUGAAACAAGGUGAGGAGGAAGUGGCCUCUCACCAUGAAGCAGCGUUCCCCAUCGCGAUCGUGGCCUCUGGGAUCUGGGAGCUGCACCCCAGAGUGGGAGAGCUCAUCCUUGCUCACCUCCAUAAGAAGUGUCCAUACUCUGUUCCUUUCUACCCAGCUUUCAAGGAAGGGAUGGCUAUGGAGGACUAUCAGCGGAUGCUCGGCUAUCAGGUGACAGAUUCUAAAGUGGAACAACAGGACAACUUUCUAAAACGCAUGUCUGGGAUGAUCCGCCUGUAUGCUGCCAUCAUCCAGCUCCGGUGGCCAUAUGGAAACCGACAGGAGGGUCAUCCUCAUGGCUUAAAUCAUGGCUGGCGGUGGUUGGCACAGAUCUUAAACAUGGAGCCUCUGUCAGAUGUGACAGCCACCCUACUGUUUGACUUCCUGGAGGUGUGCGGGAAUGCCCUCAUGAAGCAGUACCAGGUCCAGUUCUGGAAGAUGAUACUUCUCAUCCAAGAGGACUACUUCCCCAGAAUUGAAGCCAUCACAAGCUCAGGACAAAUGGGUUCCUUCAUACGUCUGAAGCAGUUCUUGGAGAAAUGUUUGCAACGCAGGGAGAUUCCUGUUCCCAAAGGCUUUCUGACUUCCUCCUUCUGGCGCUCCUGAUGUCCCUGUGUCACCGGCCUUCCCCGUUCUGCAGAGGGGCAACAACAAAACAACUGAGGACAGUGGUACUGGGAAGAAAUCAUGUCAGAUUUGUAAAUUUGUCAGUGUGUUUUUUAUGUUUUUACCACGUGACUUAGAUUUUCGCAGUCACAACAUUUUGGCCGUCUCUUAGCAGAUUUGGUAGUUCCCAUAGGUACCCACAUGACAGUAAAUGGAACUGGCCUUUCUUACUCUCACGGGAAGUUGUGAUACUUCAGCCGUUUCACUCUGAGCUGGGAUGAGCCCACUGUUUUCACUUUCACCCUGUACUCCAUCACUGCUCACAUCUGUUCCUAGAAAGAGCGAGACUUCGAAGGUUCCUUGGCAGUAUCCUCUAAUAGUUGAAGCCUAAUCCUUCCAUGCAAGUCUGGGUUACAGAAUAAGGCACUGUACACUUUAUGGCUUAUAAAGUGCUCAUAAAGGCAGAAAACACAUAUGAAGUAGGCGUGGACUGAAUCCCAGAGUGCGUCCAGGGUAGCUGGGUGUCUUGAUUCAAACUGAAAACAUGGAGCUGUAGAGGACUCUGUCACCUUCAUCUGUAACUUGAUCCUGGAUGGCUAAGGGUACAUGCACUAGAUUGGGGACCUUUUCUGUUGUUUUUCAGUCCAAAUUAAGAUGAGCCAAGAUAUGGCUUGCAAUAUUACAUGUGAGCUGAACACUCAUAAGCAGUGACUUGGUGUUCAGGAGGAACUGACUAUUGAGAGAAAAGAUUCCCUUAUACUGCGGAGGAAGCGGCCACAGCUCUGAUCUGUUCCUACAUGCUAAGUGCCUUGUGUGGUGGGGUGGUCGUUGGUACUGCUGAAUGGCUUGAAGUGACCCGUUCUAUUGUUGACUACAGUGCCAAAAAUUGAGUAAUAAAGCUUGAAUUUUAAGAAUUCCUA